UGUUCAGAGGGGCGUUAAAAUGGCGACGUCUAUUGAGAGUCAUGUUGUUGACAUAACUACGUGUGCAAUUUGUCUGGAGAAACUGAACAUUCCAAAGUAUUUACCGUGUUUACAUACAUUUUGUGAAAGUUGCUUACGGACCUAUAUUACUGCUAUAUUUGAGAAAGAACAUAAACAAAGUAUCGAAUGUCCAGUUUGUAGGACUAGUGUAACUUUACCGAAGGAGGCCCGUACACCUGACGAAUGGGCGAAAGUGUUACCACUGAAUUUCCUAAUCGUUGGACUAUUGGAAAAAGAAAAAGUUGAGAGUCCACAAAAACAAUGUAUGGUAUGUGAACGAAUGGAAACAAAAUCGGAGGCAAGUUUUAUUUGUGUUGACUGUUCUGAUUUAUUAUGUUCAAACUGUAAAAAACACCAUAAAGCGAGCAAAACCUCAUGUGACCACGAAAUAAGACAAAUUAAUGAACUUUCAUCGGUCACAGAUUGUUUAAAGACCUUUAAAAAUAAAUGUUCCGAACAUAAAGGAGAGGAACUCAAAUUAUUUUGUGCCGACAAUCAGACUCCAUGUUGUUCGAUGUGUGUAUCAAUCCAUCAUCGGAGGUGUGAACAUGUUCUUUCCAUAGAAGAUGCUGCUAUGGAAUAUUCGAAAUCUGACAAAAUUGAGUAUUUGAGAACCCAACUCGGAAAUGUGAAUUCAGAUGUAAAAGCAAUAAUAAAAGAUCGAAGUUCUGCAAAGGAAAAUAUAGAGAAGGAAUAUUAUCAAAAACAAAAGGACCUUGAGAUUAUUUUCUGUGACCUUGUUGCCAAGAUAAAUGAUCUCAAAGUCAGACGAGAAGCGGAACUUUUAAAAAAUUACAACGAGGCAAAAGAAGCAAUAGAAACUACUAUAAUAAUCUUUCAAAAUAAACAAAAAAAUAUAGAAAAUGAAAAACAAAUUCUAGAUGCAGCUGUGAAUAUUGCAUCCAAUGUUCAAGUUAUGAUAGAAGUUGAAAAGUUGAAGAAACAUGUAGAAGAACAUAAACAAUUGAUUCAAACUAAGAUUACGGAAAUCGUGAAUUAUGAACUAGUACUGCAGAAUGCAGAAAAUAUAACUAAAUUAGCUGAACAAAUGGAGAAGGAGUGUCAGAUUUCAUGCAAAAAAACAAACAAAUGUAUUGAACUGAGCAGUGUGACUGUAACGCCUAAUUUCUCUGAAAUAUUUAGCUGCUGUCGUUUCGGAAAAGUUUUUUAUGGUUGGAAAGUCGGUAGUUCCAAAAAAGACGCAAUACGUUUUUCGCUAUCAAAGGAAAUAGAACUAUGCGGACUUCUAUCGUAUGUAUGUAGCGAUGGAUUAUCGACAUGUGACGUGAACGCCACAGUUAAACACGAUACAACAGAUCUUGUUGUAGUGACGGACACUAUAGACAGUAAAUUAGCCGAAAAUAAAAUGGUUAAAAUUGAAUUUCCAACACCAGUAAAGCUAUUAGCUAAUAAAAAUUACCAUGCUGUUAUGUUGAUGAGAGGUCCUCAAUGUUAUUAUGGGGAAAAUGGGAAAACUGUAGUAGACAGUCACGGUGUUGUGUUUACUUUUGAACAUUCUCCGCUUAGUGAUAAUUUCACAAGUACGGGAAGUGGCCAAAUUCCUGGAUUUUUAUUUAGAAUUCCUGUAUGAAUCUUUUUAUUGUAACUAACAGUACUUAACUUUCAAAGUGUGAUAUGUGAUAGAAUACUGCUUGGGCUAAUGUGCUGAUGGGCUUAACUUGUUUAUCAGAAAUUAAUGGCGAAAAUUAAAA